AUGUCCGUCGCCUCUCAUCGGUCGCAUCUAGUCAGACAUCGAGAAGUCCGGCGACUGAUCGCCCGAGCUAAGCGCGAAGGUCGCUCUUUCGAGGACCUUUUCUUCGAGAUGUUUCCUGACGAUGCCUCCUCCGCUUCAGACACGGACGACUGCCGACCGUUGGAUGGUAUCUCGAUACAGUCCUCCUUUCAUGACGAACCGACCACCGAGACAGCCCCAGUUGUGGGGCCUCCACUUCUGACAACCACUCAACAGAGCGAACGUCUUGCGGCCAUAUCAUCCCUCGCGGCUUCGUCCCGCUCCCGACGUGCCGCUCCCAACCCCGAUGUAGCUUCGGACAUAUCGUCAAGCGGCCUCGAAGAAGACACAGCCUAUGUUGGCGAUCUGGAAGCCCAAGCCGAACGUUGCUACAGUCGACAUUUGAUGCUUGAGGUUCUGGACAUUUGGAGAGAAGAGACACAUAAAUCACGACAGCAUGGAGGGCUAGCAGACCUACGUUACGAUGAGAAGAUUGCAAGAAAAUGCCUGGAAACCAUGAAGCAUGAGUUUCACCAGACCGAAGACCUCGAACGACGGCGUAGGUUGAAGAUGUUUCUGGCUUGGAAACGACGCAAGCUGGCAAUAUGGGCGAUACAUGGCUGGAUCAUCAGACAUCGUGAGAAUGUGGUGAGGAAACGUUCAGAGGAUGGUCAAGAUAUUCAGGUAGCCACUGUGACUCUCGCUAAGUGGCAAGCCAAGGCUUUGAGUUUGCGGCAGAAGAAAGCCGAGUUCAGACAAUUCUUCUACGCAAGCAAAUUCGGCCGGCGGUGGAUCGAAAUCGUCUACGAGCGGCGCAUAACUCGAGCGAUGGCGAUCUUGGAGCAGAGUUACCACACUUACCGACGUGAGAAGGAUGCAAAGCUAUUGCGAGCUUUUGUAUCUGGUUGGCGUGGUAAGGCAGCAAGCUCAGCUGCCAUGGAAGUCACCGCUCAACAACAACUACAGCAACAACAAGUCAAGCGAAGCAACAAUCUUGCUCAUGGCGCAUUGACGGCCAUGUAUAUGGCGACUGCAGAAGCUGUGAGCAUGGAAGCUACCGCCGAUGAAACCCACCGAACAUCAGCAAGGCUCCGAGUGCUUUCUGUGGAUGGUCAAUGGCGUUCAAAGACACGCAUCAUUCUCGAGAAGGAAGAGCUUGCGGAUGAAUUUCGGUCCAUCAGAGAUCAAUCAAAAGCACAACGUGGCUUUCGUAAGAUGCGAAAUGCUGCUGGAUGGGGCAAGCAGAUGGAUGAUGAAGCUGAUGCCUACCGUGCUAGGACAACGAAUGAUGUCGCAAGGCAGAAACUGCGACAGUGGAGGGCAGUUGCGGCUACCAAGCGCGGCGAGGUCAUUGUGAAUGAACCCCCGGCAACACCGGCAGCAAGAAUGUCGGCUUUACGACAGUACCAGCAAAACCAGCAGCGAUAA